AUGAUGACGACGUGCCGUCUGCUGUGCGCCCUGUUGGUGCUUGCCCUGUGCUGCUGCCCGUCCGUGUGUGCGUCAGACACGGAGACGAUUCAAGAGUUAAAUAAGGCUGAAGAAGGCCCCGGUCCAGGGGAAAUUAAGACAGUGAAACCAGUUGGGGAGGUGGGUCACCCACGGCCGUCAAGUGAGCGGUCCGAUACGGAGGAUGGAAUAUCUGGUGGAAAGGGUCCGGGUUUGACAGCUCCACGACCGAAACUAAGUAACGCGAUCGAUAAGGUGCGCGAGAAAGGUACGGACAGUGAUACAGGACUAAAAAGUCUCAGCGAUAUUUCCGCAGAAAAAACACAUGAAGAAACCGAAGGUCGUACCAAGACGACGACUACAAAAAAGUCACCGGAGGAUGACAAGAAGUCUAAGCCUGAAGCCAAUGCAAAUGCCACCAGUCCAAUACCCUCUGAACCAGUGAUUAAGCCGUCUGACGCUUCUGCUCACACAACCACGACCACUACAACACAGGCACCAAUUACUACGACUACAGAGGCGCCAACCACGACGACCACCCGCGCACCGUCGCGUCUUCGAGAAAUGGACGGCAGCCUCAGCAGUUCUGCGUGGUUGUGUGCCCCGCUGCAGCUCGCCGUAUCCGCGCUGGUGUACACCACUGUUGGCUGA